ACCGCGACCGGGAAGCGUCAAAAGUCAACAAAACGUCGAGGCGUCGAGAGAAAACAACACUCUUGUUUAUUAAUAAUUACGAAGUUUUGUGGGUUUUGUGCGAGGAAAACGGUGAAAUCUAAGCGGAAAUCCCCUGGUAAAAUGGUGAAACAUAGAAAACGCAAACAGCCGCUGCCUGCCAAGAAGCGGGCCAAGGUCGAGCCCGAGCCCGAACCCGUGACCGAGACCGAACCCGAGACGAAGCCUGUGGUCAACAAGACGGACGUUUGCCGAACGUGUAUGGCCGCCAAACGGACCAAGCGCCAGAAGUCGGUUUCGCUCUUCUCCAAGCUGGGAAGUGCUUCGGUAGCCAGUAUCAUCACGGAUUGCACCGGCGUUGAGAUCACCGAGAACGACUCCCUGCCCGGAGAAAUUUGCACGGAAUGUUUCGAAACCGUGAAACUGUUGCUCGCAUUCACGACGACGGUUCGCAAUAGCGAUAGUAAAAUGCGCUGCAAAGUGGAAGCGGCAGACGAUUCCCAAGAAGCGGACACCUCUGUGAAUGACAUCUCUGCGAAUGACAUUUCGGGACUGAAGUUCGAGCCAGAGGUCGAUAUUGAACCGGACCACGAAGAAGUUUCGAACAAAAGCGAUGAAGAUAAUGAGGAACAGGACAACGAAACGGACAGCGAUUGGAAGGAAAGUGGCGAGGAAGUGAAACGGACGUCCAAACGAAAGAAGCUGGGACUGAAGUCGAAACCAACUCCGCAGAAAAGGCGGUCCAAUACGGCGCCUAAAAAUAAACUUGAACAAUCCGAACAAGAUCUGGAACUUAACGAAGAGGAACAGGAAUUAUUUACGACCAUUACCAUCCAGGAAGGUGAUCACAUUUGCUGCGGUUGCCUACAGGUAUUCAGUUCGGCCGAAGAUCUGGAAGAUCAUCGUCUAAAGAAUCACAUUUGGAAGAACGAGAAUCUGAUGAAACCGAGCCCGAAAAUUCCCUGCAACGGAUGUCUCCGCAGGUACGACUCGCCACGGAGCUUGAAGCUUCACCUGGACCGUGUCCGGAUGUUGAAGAACAUUUGGGAAUGCAACAAGUGUAAUUUCCGAUUCAAAGCCGCCGAUAAACGGCGGAAGCACAUUCGAAUCCACACGGAAGGUGCCCCGAUUGCCAUGCUAGCCCGGAUAAGCGAAGGUAAAAUGAAAGAGUUCGGUUGGCUGUGCUGUGCCAUGAAGUGUGGCCUAUCGUUUCCAACCGAGGAGGAUCUGAUUGGCCAUUCGCACACGGCUCACCUGCUGGACAAGCAGGAGGCGGAUAUGGAGGCGGCGGACAAACCGGAACAGUGCCAGGUAUGCUUCCGGCGGUUCGAAGACAGGAAGGGAGUGGUCGGUCACCAGAGGCGGCUCUACAAGCGGAAAAACUUCCAAUGCUCUCUGUGUGGGGACAAGUUUUCGACCACGGUGGAUUUGAACAAGCACGAGAUGAAGGAGCACGGAAGCUCCGGGUUCCCGUGUAAGAUUUGCAACAAGAUGUUCACCCAGAAGUACAGCAUGAUCAAUCACUUGAAGUAUAUGCAUACGGAGGAGAAAAAUCAUCAGUGCAACGUUUGUGGGAUGACAUUCCGGAUGAAGGGCGGGUUGAAGACCCACAUGUCCAAUCAUGUGGAGGUUCCACAGUUCAAAUGCGAGGUUUGUGGAAAAAUGUUCAAAGCGAAGCUGCACCUGCGCUACCAUAUGCGAACGCACACGGGAGAGAAACCGUACAAGUGCCGGUACUGUGACCACGCUUUCGCCAACAAUACCAACUUCAGGAGACAUGAAAUGACCCAUACCGGUGAAAAACCGCACAAAUGCUCCCAGUGCGACAAGUCAUUCAUUUUGAGGCGCACCUUAGUGGAGCAUGAAAAAACUCACGAAAAAGGAGCAGUGCCGAAAAGAGCACAACGAGCCCAAAAAGCCCAACAAGUGCAUGUAGAAAAGCUGGUGGACUUCAGCGAAGAGGAAAGCGUGAUCAUAGAAGAGGUGGAGUACGAAUGCUUUGACGAAAACGAAGAGUAUGAGGAAAUUAUCGAUGAUGACGAAGAAAUCACCAUUGAAGAGAGUACGAUGUCGCUCGGCAACAGGCCGAUUUCGAUUAGAGUUAUCAAUCCACCAGCUCCACCGUCGCAAACUUCGCAAAUAGCAACAACAGAGUCCACAUCCGUUGACGGUGCACCGACCGUUGUGUAUGACGUCAUUCCAUCGACCAAAUCGGGAAAUUUCAGCUACAUUCUGAAAUUCAAAUGAAUUCAACAUUUAUUAUUUGGAACUGCUUAUUUGGUUUUGCUGAAUUUAUCUCAAACAGUGAACGGUGUAUACUAUAUAAAUUCUAUGUUGUCAUGAUAAAUCUACUUUAAGCUUUCAAAUGAAUCUUUCCCGAAAAAUUUAAA